UCUAACCCUAACCCCAACCUCAACCCCAUAUUGUUUUGUCUGCUUUCUCGCCCAUGGCCCCAUUCUCCAUUUCUUUUUCUUCAGAGUGAGUGUUUGUGAGUGAGUGACUGUGAUGUGUUUGAAAAUAUUAGUGAAAGAGAGAGAGAGUGUACUCUUUUUUUGUGCUGCCUGUCAUGGCACUACAAAUCCCACGUUUUCCUCAGUCUGCCUUUACCUUCUUUGUUCAUCAUAGUUUCUUCAAUUAAUUUCCCUUUUUUUUCUUCUUUUCUUGUUCAAUAUAAUUGUUUGUGUUGUUUGAUAAUAUAAUUAUACAUGUACUUCGGGGAAAAUAAAAAAAUGUCAAGCUCCCACAAUUCUGCACCAGAACAACUCUGCUACAUCCCUUGCAACCUUUGCAACAUCAUUCUUGCGGUCAAUGUUCCAUGCAACAGCUUGUUUGAAACAGUAACAGUCAGAUGUGGGCAGUGCACCAAUCUCUGUUCAGUAAACCUGGCAGCUUCCUUUCAAUCAAGGGCUGGAAAAGAUGUACAGGUGCCUAAUUACACAUCAUCGGAGUACAGAAUUGACUUAGGGUCUUCCUCCAGGUGCAAGAACAAGUUACCAAAGCGAGCAACAACUAUAAACACUACCACUCAAGAAAGGGUUGUUAAUCGACCUCCUGACAAGAGGCAUAGGGCUCCUUCAUUGUACAAUCAGUUCAUCAAAGAGGAGAUACAAAGGAUCAAGCUGAACAAUCCUGAUAUCACUCACAGGGAGGCAUUUAGCACUGCUGCUAAGAAUAGAGUUUUGUGUUUGUGUGAUUUGGGGUUGUCAACUACAGUGGGCUCGCUUCCCUCACAUUCAUUUUGGACUGAUGCUGGAGACUGACAAUCAACCUAAGCUGAAUGAUGACUCAACUGAGCCAUUCCAUCAGCUGCUUAAGUGAAUAAAUGGCUAUUGAUAAUUACUAAAAUGUUAUAAUAUAUAUAUAUAUAUAUAUAUAUAUAUAUAUUAUACCUAUAAAUAUGUAUGUUGUUGAAAUAAAAGGCUUUCGUUAUGAGAGCUGUAUCAACUUAUAAUUUGUUUGUUUAAAUGCACUUUGCUUUAUUAAUCUAUGUCAUGAUUGAUGUUAUUAUAUGUAUAAGAGUUUUGAUGCAUACAUUUCAUUUUCUCUCAUAAAAAUUAUAGGUA